GGAGAAAAAACAGAAAAAAUUGACUUAAAAAAAGAAAAUAAAAUAAAAUAUAAAACGGGAGGAAACGAGAGAAUGAUGAGGUGGUGAAAGAAAAUGUGAAAGAGAAGCAGAAACCUUUGAUCCAAAAAGUUUACAGUUUUUUUUUUUUUUUUAAUUUUUUUUCUCUCACUUUCUCGCUUCCCAAACACUCCCUCUCCUUUUUUUAGUAUUACAUUUUUCUUGCGCUCUUCCACUCCUCAAAUUUCGAAGCAAAGAAAAGCGAAAAAACAAACCUUUUUUUUUAGCUAAGUUGAAAUUUGAGGUUUAAGGCAAUGGGAGCUCGUUGCUCCAAACUAUCACUUUGCUGGUGGCCGUCAAAUCUCAAGUCAAACCUCUACGACUCCUCCGACCUCGAGAAUGGGAAGGAAGCGUUACCUGGAUUCAGCCAGUACAGCUUGAACCAGCUAAGAGCCGCCACCUCAGGAUUCUGUGCAGACAACAUUGUCUCGGAGCAUGGAGAGAAAGCUCCCAAUGUAGUUUACCGAGGGAAGCUCGACGACGAUCGUUUGAUCGCCGUUAAACGCUUCAAUAGAUCGGCUUGGCCUGAUCCUAGACAGUUCCUCGAGGAAGCGAGGGCGGUUGGGCAAUUAAGAAGUGAUCGGUUGGCGAAUUUGAUUGGUUGUUGCUGUGAAGGAGAUGACAGAUUGUUAGUUGCUGAGUUUAUGCCUAAUGAGACUCUCUCUAAGCAUCUUUUUCACUGGGAGAAUCAGCAUAUGAGAUGGCCAAUGAGGCUUAGAGUGGCGCUAUAUCUAGCGCAAGCGCUUGAAUAUUGCAGUAGUAGAGGGAGGGCAUUGUACCAUGACCUUAAUGCUUAUAGAAUCUUGUUUGAUCAGGACGGUGACCCCCGACUCUCUACCUUUGGCCUUAUGAAGAAUAGCAGAGAUGGAAAAAGUUAUAGUACAAACUUGGCUUUCACCCCUCCAGAGUACUUAAGGACGGGAAGGGUUAUACCAGAGAGUGUGGUUUACAGUUUUGGCACCCUAUUGCUUGAUCUUCUCAGCGGCAAGCAUAUACCACCAAGCCAUGCACUGGACCUAAUACGCGGGAAAAACUUUCUGACACUAAUGGACUCAUGUCUGGAGGGUCAUUUGUCAAAUGAUGAUGGAACUGAAUUAAUGCGGUUAGCUUCACGCUGUUUGCAGUAUGAACCUCGUGAGAGGCCAAAUGUGAAGUCUCUUGUCACUGCUCUUACUCCACUUCAGAAGGAAACUGAGGUUCCAUCUCAUGUUUUGAUGGGCAUUCCACAUGGAACGGCAUCCUCAAUGCAAACAAUGGUACUGACACCUCUGGGAGAAGCAUGCUCAAGAAUGGAUCUUACUGCAAUACAUGAAAUAUUGGAGAAGAUUGGAUACAAAGAUGAUGAGGGGAUUGCAAAUGAGCUUUCUUUCCAAAUGUGGACAGAUCAGAUACAGGAGACUCUGAAUUCGAAAAAACGUGGAGAUACUGCUUUUCGAGCAAAAGACUUUGGAACAGCCAUCGGAUGUUACACUCAUUUCAUUGAUAGUGGGACGAUGGUAUCACCAACUGUGUUUUCCAGACGCUGCUUGUGCUACUUGAUGAAUGACAUGCCACAAGAAGCACUUGGAGAUGCUAUGGAAGCCCAGGUAAUAUCUCCUGAAUGGCCCACAGCAUUCUAUCUCCAGGCUGCUGCUCUGUUUAGCCUUGGGAUGGACAACGACGCCCAGGAAACGCUCAAAGACGGUACGAAUUUGGAAGCCAAAAAACAUAGAAACUGAAAGUGUAUAGGCCCUUUUUUUCCUUUCACUUUUAAUUAUCUCUUGUAUCUUCCUGUCUUCAUGUUUCCUCAGCACCACAGAGUAACUUUACCGUUCAUAUUCUGGUUAUGGUGUACUCUUUUAUUUCUCAUUCUGGAUGCUAUAUUUUAAGAUGAUAAUAAGAAAGAAAUUUUCAUUUUUGAAUUUGACAUCAAGGAGAUCUGCCUAUCCAUCCUUGGCCCAUAUAUCUACUGAUUGAUUAACGAUUAGGGCGAUGCAAUUCACCAAAGAGCAAUGCUUAUUUUCAUUAUCAAGCAAGUUUGGCAUGUUUAUUCACCAAAGAGCAGUGCUAC